GUCUUAUGUAGUUUGGCUCAGGUUGGCUUGAGCUUACUAUACAGCUCAAGCUGGCCUCCAACUUGCAGCGAUCCUCCAGGUAUGAACGGUUUGAAAAGUGGGUGGGGGUUACUAUUGGGAGCAGGUUCCUCAGGUGUGGUGAUGGUAGGGUACCUGGAGAGUCCAGGAAAUAUUUUAGGUUUUAGCAAGAUGCUAUAUACUGUUGCUGCUCACCCCAGAUUCUAACAGCCGCAAACGAAGUUGCUUAUAGGAUAAAGUGAGCUGGAAAGGCCUUGGAAAGAGGUGCCAGUGGGAUCCAUUCCGUGUUUUUUGGUUCACAGCCUAGGGAGGUCAGAAGCCCCAGGGAAAGGGAUGGGGGAGCCAAUCACCUCACCUGUCUUUUCCUCGGGCCUGGACCCCUGCGGCGCAGGAGUGCAGGCUGCGGGAGGGAAUGGACUUGGAGCUCUCCUCUUUGGCCAUGUCACAGAAUGGAAGCCUUGAGGACUCCAGCGAGCACUUCUCAGCUCUUUCCCCAAGCUACCUCAAGAAUGAAGUAGAUGACACUUCAGAGGUUCGGGAAGAGAGCCUAGGGGAGGAGGUCUUCGACACAGUCAAUUCCUCCAUCGUGUCUGGUGAAAGCAUCCGCUUCUUUGUCAAUGUCAGCCUUGAGAUGCAACCCUCUGUAUCUGAAGGUGAAGCGCUGUCUAGUGGCUGCGUGCUUCUGCACACAUCCCGCAAGUACCUGAAGCUAAAGAACUUCAGGGAAGAGAUCCGUGCGCACCGGGACCUGGAUGGCUUCCUGGCCCAAGCCAGCAUCAUCCUGAAUGAAACAGCCACUUCCCUGGAUGACGUGCUGCGGACAAUGCUCAGCCGCUUCGCCCAGGACCCCAACCAUGCUGAGCCCGACUGCAACUUGGAGCUCAUCAUGGCCAAGCUCUUUACAGAUGCAGGGGCCCCUACAGAGAGUAAAGUGCACCUGCUGUCAGACACCAUCCAAGGGGUGACAGCCACGGUCAGAGGGGUACAGUACCAGCAGUCCUGGCUCUGUAUCAUCUGCACCAUGAAAGCCCUGCAGAAACGGCAUGUGUGCAUCAGCCGCCUGGUUCGCCCACAGAACUGGGGUGAGAACUCUUGUGAGGUCCGGUUCGUCAUCCUGGUCCUAGCCCCACCCAAGAUGAAAAGCACCAAGACGGCCACAGAGGUGGCACGCACAUUCGCCACCAUGUUUUCUGACAUCACCUUCCGCCAGAAGCUCCUGAGGACUCGCACAGAGGAGGAAUUCAAGGAGGCGUUGAUGCACCAGAGACAGCUGCUCACCAUGACCAUACCACGGGCGAACGGGCAUGGCAGAGGCUCCUUCCAUGCCCACAGACACCCACAGCCCCCACAGUGCAAGGACUUUUUCCCUUUUGGGAGGGGUAUCCGGGAAGACAUCGUUCGCAGGUUUUCUGUGUACUCGCAGGACUUCACUGACGGCAUCAUCGGGAAAAGCAAGGCUGUGGGUAAAUACAUCACCACCACCCUGUUUCUCUACUUCGCCUGCCUCCUGCCUACAAUUGCAUUUGGGUCUCUGAAUGAUGAGAACACAAACGGGGCCAUUGAUGUGCAGAAGACCAUCAUGGGCCAGAGCAUCGGCGGCUUUCUGUAUGCGAUCUUCUCUGGGCAGCCACUGGUGAUUCUGCUGACGACUGCGCCCCUGGCCAUCUACACCCAGGUGAUCCGCAUCAUCUGCGAUGACUACAAUCUGGACUUCAAUGCCUUCUACGCGUGGACAGGCCUGUGGAACAGUUUUUUUCUGGCCCUCUAUGCCUUCUUCAACCUCAGUCUGGUCAUGAGUCUUUUUAAAAGGUCAACGGAGGAAAUUAUUGCCCUGUUCAUUUCCAUCACGUUCGUGGUGGAUGCUGUCAAGGGCAUGGUCAAAAUCUUCUGGAAGUACUACUACGGUCACCACCACAUGAAGAGGACCUCACUCCCUGUGAGCCCACUGGGCACCCCCAACUCCAGCUUCCACACUGCCCUCAACACCAGCCUCCUGGCCAGCCCCACUGAGCUGGAUGCGUUGAACAGCCUGGGUGCCGUGCACUCUGGCCAGGCGACUGCAGUGCUCAGCCUCUUCAUCAUGCUGGGCACACUCUGGCUGGGCUACACCCUCUACCAGUUCAAGAAGAGCCCCUACCUGCACCCGUAUGUGCGCGAGAUCCUGUCCGAUUGUGCCCUGCCCAUCGCAGUGCUCACCUUCUCCCUCCUCAGCUCCUAUGGCUUCCAGGAAAUUGAGAUGAGCAGGUUCCGCUACAACCCCAGCGAAAACCUGUUUGAGGUGGCACAGAUCAGCUUGCUGUCUCUGGAGGCCAUUGGCAGUGCCAUGGUCCUCGGCUUCCUGCUCUCCCUGCUCUUCUUCAUUGAGCAGAACCUGGUGGCUGCCUUGGUCAACGCACCAGAGAACAGGUUGGUGAAAGGCACUGCCUACCACUGGGACCUCCUGCUCCUCGCCAUCAUCAACACAGUGCUGUCCCUGUUUGGGCUACCCUGGAUCCACGCCGCCUACCCACACUCCCCGCUACAUGUGCGGGCCCUGGCUCUAGUGGAGGAACGAGUGGAAAACGGGCACAUUUAUGAGACGAUUGUGGAUGUGAAGGAAACCCGGCUGACGUCGCUGGGCGCCAGUGUGCUUGUGGGGCUGUCUGUGCUGCUGCUGCCCUUCCCACUACAGUGGAUUCCCAAACCUGUGCUCUAUGGCCUCUUCCUCUACAUUGCAUUCACCUCCCUGGAUGGCAACCAGCUCUUCUCUCGUGUGGCCCUGCUGCUCAAAGAGCAGACAUCGUACCCACCUACACACUACGUCCGAAGGGUACCCCAGAGGAAGAUCCACUACUUCACAUGCCUGCAGGGCCUGCAGCUGCUGUUGCUCUGCACCUUCGGCAUGAGCACCCUGCCUUACAUGAAGAUGGUCUUUCCCCUUAUCAUGAUUCUCCUGAUUCCCAUCCGGUACAUCCUGCUGCCCCGAAUCAUUGCAGCCAAGUACCUGGACGCCAUGGACGCAGAGCACUGGUCCUGAGCAGCAGGCUUUGGCCACACCUCCACUGCCCUCCCCUGGGCUCUCACAGUGGACUGUUCUGCACAGGCAGCUUGCAGGCCACAGCACUGGGCACUGUGGGGGCUCAGUGCUCCUUCUCUGUACAUUAGCCUUCAGCUUUGGGUCAGGAACGCUGCUAGGGCAGUUUCUGUCCAGGGUGGGGCUAAGCAGGGCGGGUUUUCUUUUGAUAAAAGAGUCAAUGCCAGAAGAGAAGCCAUUUCCUUGAUUGUGUAAGGAAUGCACUGUGGACACAUUAGAGAAUAAAG